UUUAGAGCCAACGAGAAAUAUCUUGUAUAAAUGUUGUUUAUUUGUUGUUUAAGUGCAUGCAUGCUGUACAGUGUACGGUGUACGGUAUUCCUUGUUUAUUGGUUGCUAUGUUAUAAGGAACUCGAUCAGCUAAGUUAACUUCAUUACAUUCAUCGACAUUUUCUGUCCAACUAAUCAUAGUGUUUUUGUGCCAGCCAACACUCGGUUUUAGAUGGUAGAUUAAAGUUAUCAUGAGUGGGGCCAUAGAACAGGCGGCUAAAAACUUCCUGGUGGACCCAGCAUAUCAGAAGGUGUUUAAGCAUACCUUCGAUGUGUUGGAAGAUUACAUCUCAGGGUUCCUCAUUGCAGCAGGAGCAAUUUCUCUUUCAGUCAGGUUCCUAACUUCACUUGGAACAGGAGAUGCUAUCUGUCUACUGAUAGGAAUUGAUCAUCCUAAUGGUAGCUAUGAAGCUAAGCUUGAGAAUGCAAUGUGGCCCUACGGUUCCUCGUCAGUAGUGCCGUAUACAAACUACGCAAACUUUCAUCAGGACUGUAUAAACGCCUGCCUUACAAGAUUCUUGCAGUACUCACCCUUCAUCCUUCUUAUUGAGGCACUGUUGGUGAUCAUGACGGAGAAGUUCUUCUUGAAGAUCCCCAGGGUGGCGGGGAAGGUGGAGAGGUUCUACACAAAUAUCGUUGAAGAAUCUUUAUUUGGGAAGGAUCCUGAUGUUGCGGAAGAUGUAGUUGAUGACAAAGCGAACACUGAAGCCAUCUCCCGACGACGGAGAAGAAAUGAGGUUUGCAUGUCGUUGAAGAGAUCUAGUGUAAUCCAUCAGAUGUAUGUUUUCAAGAAUAUCAUGGAACUAAUUCUUCUCAUAGUUUUCAUUCCGAUCAACGUCUUCUUUGCAAUAGAGGCGGAGAAAAGUUUAAAACCUGGAACAUGUGCUAUUGGGAUUGCAGAGAUAAACACUCCCUUCUACAAGCUGGAGAAUGGAACAGUGUUCUUCCAGUGUGAGGGGAAAAAAGUCAGUUUCUUCAUUAUGAUGGUUUAUAUACAGAUCGUAUUCCAGAUAUGUUGUAUAAUCUGUUGUCUGGGUUCUUUGAUCUGGGCACUCUUCUUCAGAAGUAUCUCCAGGCUACUCAGGAACAUUGAGAAGAUCGGAGAUAUUUACUAUCAAGACCUGGAGAAAAGCCCAGGGGAGGAUUUCUUGUUCUUGUUCGAUCUUCUAGCCCAUUCUUCAGGAAUAGAGUCUACAUUAAGAGUUCUCACACAUUCAGAUGAUACAUUUAGAAAGAUCUGUCUCCCCAGGUUGAAGAUUGACUCUGAGCACAUCAAGGUAGAAGAGGAUAAACUGAAGAUAGUUUGGGCUCCGGCAGGAAUAGAGAAAUGGUUGAUAGAUCACGGGCACCGGGAAAUCCGCGUAGACUCGUAUGACGUCACAAUAUUCCCAGCCGAGUCAACAAAGAACACCGUAAGCAAGAAGGCUAAGCUGAAGGGGAAGCACAGCAACUCCCACGACGAUGACAAGUACAGCGCCUGGUUCUUUGACUUGGCAGGGGGUAAAACUGAGUAUAUAGUGACUAUUGCAACGGUUAUUGGAAGAUCAAGGAUGAAGGGAGAAAGGAUUGUUACAAAUCUUCUUCCUUAUGGACCGGAGAAACCAAGAGCUGGAAUGCUGAAAACCUCUGGAACUCAUGAAAUAGAAAUAUCCUGGGAACCUCCUAAAGGAGAUUUUACAAAAUAUAUUCUUUCAGUUGAUCCGAAUAUAGUGAACGGAAAUCAACCUAAGGGAACCCAAGGUCUCCCAGCUCCACCUCUCUUCGGGUUCGGAGUUGAUCAUGGAUUGUUUAAUGUAGCCGGGUCCUUCGGGGAUCUUACAAAAGCUACAACGGGAUACACGGAAAGAGAAAUCAGUAACAAGUUAACAAGUUUCACAAUUUCGGGACUUUCUCCAGGAGAAACCUUUGGGAUUGGACUUAAGACGAAGACGGGAGAUCGUAUAACCCGGCAACCGAUCUACGAAACAGUUCUCACCAAACCUGAGAAAGUUACAUCAGUUGCUGUUUCAGAUGUUUUAACAGAUAACGCCCUCCUAAAAUGGGUUGCUCCAGACGGGCAUUCAAGAUUAAAGGCAUACAACCUGUUGCUCACGUCUAAAGAUAAUAAAUCUAGAAGAGAGUUAGCGGUCAAGCACAACUCUGGCACCCCGGUCAACUCCUUUCUGUUUGAGAAUCUACCCUCUGCAACCGAAUUUACUGUAGCAGUCACAACAGUUUGUGUGUUCGAGAAAUUAAAAAGUAUCUCAGAAGAGGAGAAAAUUUCGUUUGUCACCCGCCCUCUGCCUCCUAGAAACUUAGAGUUGGAGAGCAGGUUAAGCAGUAGUUUACAAGUGAAAUGGGAGGCUCCUCCUGGAACAACAGCUAAUAACAAAUUCAAACUCUCUAUUCAGGCUCCUGCAAUUGGAUACAGCAAUUCGUAUGAAAUUGGUGGAGACAGACAUAUGUUCAAUUUUUCUAAAUUUCCAGAGAUAAUUGGAACAGGAGAAGCAUACACUGUCAAAGUGUCAUUUGUUGUCCAGCCUACAGGUUCAGAUAUAGAGGUUGAGUCAGAGGGAUUAAUUGGAACAUUUGUAUCCAAACCUCUCCCUCCAACCAACCUGAAGCUAGGUCCAGGCUGGAACCAGAUAUCCUGGACUAAAUCUCCAACUCCAAACGUUAGUAUGUACAAGAUACGGUACAAGAGUAUCGAGGAAGGAUCGAAGUCUGAAGAAUAUCUGAUUGGUGUAGAGGAUGAUAAUGAUCCUUGUACAUGUGUACUCGAGGAUUUGGUGAUGAACAUCCAGUACAAGGUCAACAUAUACGCCGUCGUGGAGGUCAUUGAGUUUGAAAUGGUAGAAAGCAAGGAGCUUCACGAGAAACUAGUUCAGACUGACUCCGGGCUAGUUGUAUACACUGAUGAGAUGGAGAGAGCGGAUUCAAGUUUAGCAAAACCAUUUAAUGAAAUCCUUUCCUAGUCCGGAAAUGUUGAUGUAGUUUUUCUAAACAUAUUUUGACAAACACGUACUUAUAUUUUCAUCGGCUUCUUCAUGAAAUCAUUGAAAAGGUUUCCACGCUAUAUUAUUCAACGUAUAAAAGUGUGACAAAGGGUGUAAAAUAAUUCCUCCAGAAUUUCAGAAUGAUCAAAGAAGGCAAGUUAUCAUUUUGAUAAAAAAAAUAGUGAAGAGUCUCGCGGAGCCAGAAAAGGGAAUGUCAGGACAAAGUGAUCAAAAGGUUGCUCCAACGAAAAACUAGAUGAAAAUAUUGCCAUUCACCAUUAAAAAAGCAAAGCAAAAACAAAGUUAAAAUCAAUUGCUUUAUAGUUCUAAAAAGUACAUGUUUAGGGCUACAAAAACAUAUAAAGGGUGAAACCAGAGGCCAAGGCUUUGCAACAUUAUAAAGUUGAGUUCAUGCAACUUGUCAAACCAGUUUGUAUCUAUGUGCAAGGAACAAGCUAUAAGGAAGUUAAACUUCCGUGCUUUCUCUCUCUCCUUCAUAAAUUACCAACUCAGAUUCUUCUCCUUCAAAAGAUAGGGAACGGACAGGGUACCCAUGGGUUCCGUUAAAUAAUUUCAGCACUUUGGUCCAGCCGUUUGGCCAUGUAUAGCUAACAUAAAA